AUGGUUGCCGACGAUAGCAGUCCAUCACAACAACGUCUCACUAGCCUCGCCACCUUUAUAAGAAAUACAAUGACUCAUUCCUCUGACACUGUGACGCGGGGUGCUCAAAGAGAUGAUCAGAAGCAAUUCUACAUCUUUGGUCAUAACAUCUCGCACUCCCUAUCACCAACACUCCACAACGCCGGGUUCAAGGCUCUCAACCUCCCGCAUCACUACCAGAUUCACGAAAGCGAGAAUGUUGAUGAGUCAGUCGAGAGCAUAAUUCAUCGACCUAACUUUGGCGGUGCAUCUGUCACGUUUCCGCACAAGCUGCAGAUCGGCAAGGUCUUGGACUCAGUCUCUCCAAGAGGAGAGAGCAUUGGGGCAAUCAAUACCGUUGUUGUCAAAGAGGUCAACGGGAGAAGAGUGCUUUAUGGCGAUAACACCGACUGGCUUGGCAUCAAGAGAUGUGUUGAGAAGUCUGGAUCUCGAGACUUUGCUUCAUCGUCAGCUCUAGUGCUGGGUGCUGGAGGCGCCGCUAGAGCGGCAUGCUACGCUGUCCAGACUCUAGGCUUUGGGGAGCUCAUCGUCGUCAACAGGACUCUGAGCAAAGCCGAGGAUCUAGCAUCGAGGUUUUCCGACAUCAAGACCCGGUCAUUUGCGACAUUGGACGAAGCUGCUGAUGCCAAGGAUGCCCGGAUCAGGGUGAUAGUGGCCUGCGUGCCAGCCGAUGACCUGGGGGCUGAGAAGAUUCCCAGUGCCUUGUUCUCAGUAGCUGGAGAUGGAGUGCUGGUAGAGAUGGCGUACAGACCGCAAGUGACAGGAAUGAUGACAGUUGCUGAGCGAUAUUCUGGUUGGAAAGUGUACAGGGGCGUUGAUGUACUGGAGGAGCAGGCAUAUGCCCAGUUUGAGUUGUGGACUGGAAAAGAAGCUCCUGUAGAGGCUAUGAGAGGUGCUAUGCAGGCGAAGCUGAAGGAGAAGAUAUGA